AUGCCGCUCACUCUUGCAUUAAUAGCGUUCGGUCUCUCCACUGCCGCCAGCGCUCUGGCUCAUGCACGCGAUGGGAAGGGCAUCAACUUUCAGCCUUGUCCGGAGCUCAAUGCGAACAUAACCGCCAUUAACGGAGUAGAAGGAACACCUUUCGAUUGCGCAAAGCUCUCAGUGCCCCUAGAUUAUACCGACCCCGAAUCAGAGCCACUCGAGCUCAACUUGUUCAGAGUCAAUGCCACAGCAGAACCAGUGCUUGGAACAGUGCUGAUCAAUUUCGGAGGUCCUGGUGGCACGGGUGCGGAGAAUUUGCCUGCUUGGGCUGACGAGGCACGAAACAAUAUCGGCGCGCAAUGGAACCUCGUCUCCUGGGAUCCUCGUGGAACCGGCAACACCAUUCCCUUCCAAUGUAAUCUCACAGCGCUAACGGGUGCGGCUGUAACUUCUCAGAAGCGCGACGUCGGCACCUUGGUCAGCACCGACCUCACAGCAGUUUUCCUCAAUGGCGGUUGGGAAGCUGCCGGUCAACUCGCAGACUACUGCCUCUCUGAAGCGAGCGAGACUGGGACCCUCAUCGGCACGGCAUUCGUGGCCCGAGACAUGAUUAAGAUCGUUGAUGCCCUGGACGAAGAUGGUCUCCUACGCUUCUAUGGCUGGUCGUAUGGUACCGCUCUUGGUUCAUACGCUGCCGCCAUGUUUCCAGAACGCGUCGAGCGGAUGGUUCUUGACGGAAACCUGAACCCGCAUGACUAUCAAGCCGGCCAUUACGGAGAGUUCGCGCACGAUAUCGACGAGACCUUUGCUGGCUUUCUCCAGGCAUGCUUCGACGCCACGGACAACUGUGCCCUUUACACACUAUUGCAACCCAACACAACGCAAGAUCUCCUCGAUGCCAUCAACCUCGCACUGGCACCUCUCGCCCAGAACGCCACCUUGGGCGCUGAAGCCUAUCUCAGCUACCUGAGCAUUAAAAGCACCUUCGUGCAACCACUCUACUUCCCCCGUACCUGGCCCAGUUUCGCAGAGACGCUCGCCAGUAUCCUGAAUGGGACGAUCACUGCGCCUGCGAGUGACUCCACACCAGAGACCUACGGUACGGCCGAUAACGACGUGAUUGGUAUUCGCGCAAGCGACGCCACCUUCAUCGCCAACUCCAGCGAGGAAUAUCUUGCCCAAGUCGAGUAUCAAGCCACUAUCAGCCCGGGCUUCAGCGACGUUUCGUACUUCCCUCUUUGGAUCUCUGCACAGUGGAGGAUGCCCGCCAAGGAGCGCUACUGGGGCGACUUCCACGUCAAGACCAAGACUCCAAUUCUGUACGUCAACGGCGAGUUUGAUCCGGUGACGCCGCUUGUGAACGCGUACAAUGCGAGCGCGGCCUUUGAGGGGAGCGUGGUACUGCCGCAUAGCGGGUACGGCCAUGGUAUCUUUACGGAUCCCUCGCAGUGUGUGGCUAGGCAUAUCCAAGCUUACUUCAAGAAUGCGACGCUGCCUGGCGAGGAUAUGCGUUGCGAGCCGGAUAUGAGCCUGCUUCAGGUGUGGCAGGCGAGCUUGCAGGUAACGGAGAGUGGCUCCUCUUCUGGCGGCGAUGGUAAUGGUACAAUGGAAGGUGGCUCCUCUUCUGGCAGCGAUAACAAUAGUGAUACAGAGGGGGUCGAGGGUACUGCGAGCCGUGGGAGCACCAGCGUUGAGUUUGCAUUUGCGAUGAUACUGGCGAUUACGGCUAUGAAUGUAUUAUAG